CUAUCAACACAAAGAGAACAAACUCCCUUCACGCCUAUUGCCGAUUCCCUUCCUUUCCCUCUUCCGCAGAUCUCCAAACCCACCCAAUUCUUGUAUCAAUUUCUCAGUUACCUGUUUGUAUUUUCUGCUCCCCGGUAUCUCUGUAGAAGCAGCUUUUACUUGCGACGAAGCAUUUUUUUUUCAGGUGUAUGUUAAAGCUAGUGUAUAUAUGAAAGAGUGACGAAUAGGGUUUUGGAUUUUUUUUUUGUGGUUGGUUGAUGGUAUGGAUACGCAAAGCUGGAAAGAUGUGUACAAGGGCAUGUCGUCUGACAAUAUCAAAGGAUUGGUUCUCGCAUUGUCCUCGAGUUUAUUCAUUGGUGCUAGCUUUAUUAUUAAGAAAAAGGGGUUAAAGAAAGCUGGUGCUUCUGGUGUCAGAGCUGGUGUUGGAGGAUACUCAUACCUGAAUGAGCCACUUUGGUGGGUGGGCAUGAUAACAAUGAUUGUUGGAGAGGUUGCUAAUUUUGCUGCUUAUGCAUUUGCCCCUGCUAUUUUAGUCACUCCUCUUGGUGCACUCAGUAUUAUUAUCAGUGCUGUGCUUGCACGUAUUAUUUUGAGAGAGAAGCUACACACCUUUGGAAUUUUAGGUUGUGCUUUAUGUGUUGUUGGGUCCACCACAAUAGUGCUGCAUGCUCCACAAGAACGUGAGAUUCAAUCUGUGAAGGAAGUGUGGGAUCUUGCUACUGAACCAGCUUUUCUCCUCUACGCAGUGGUGGUGAUAAUAGCUGUCCUAAUUCUUAUAUUCCACUAUCUUCCCCAAUAUGGGCAAACACACAUUAUGUUUUAUAUAGGAGUGUGCUCACUAAUGGGUUCUUUAUCGGUUAUGAGUGUCAAAGCACUUGGAAUUGCUUUGAAAUUGACAUUAUCAGGAACAAAUCAGCUAAUAUAUCCAGAGACUUGGGCUUUUACUUUGAUUGUCAUUGUGUGUGUUCUUACCCAAAUGAAUUACUUAAAUAAGGCCCUGGAUACAUUCAAUACAGCAGUUGUCUCUCCUAUAUACUAUGUCAUGUUUACCUCUUUGACUAUCUUAGCCAGUAUAAUCAUGUUCAAGGACUGGGAUAGGCAAAACCCAACUCAAAUAGUAACAGAAAUGUGUGGAUUUGUGACUAUUCUUUCUGGAACUUUUCUUCUUCACAAAACCAAAGACAUGGUUGAUGGUCCUGCCAUGCUGCCUGUGCGACUUCCCAAGCAUGGCGAUGAUGAGAAUGGUUUUGGGCAAGAGGGUAUCCCCUUGAGGCGGCAAGAUUCGUUGAGAUUACCAUAAUGUAUGAUUCUUUUAUUUUCCUUUCCUAUUCCCCACCAACCUGUCCAACUAUUUAACUGCCCAAUUCAGCUGCACCAGUCCAUUCUCAUAGUAUUUACUUCUCAGAGAGACCACACUCAGAUUGUAUACAAUUGGGGGACUCUUUUGUCAUAUUCAGCGAGAGAAAUGAAGGCGCUUUCUCGCCCAUCUUGUAUUGAUAGAAUCAUCAGAAACUUGUUCAUGUGAUUGCAAAGCCUGUUGUCUAGUUACAGAAGCUCAGUUCCUAAUGUAUUUCUGAGCAGAUUGGUUUCAGGCGCACUAUCUUGACAUACCUGUAAAAAUAACUAGUAUAUUUGAUUGUUUAACAAUAACUAAAUCAGUUGGAUUUU